GCAACCAAAACUAUUCCAAACCAACCAAUUCAAAAAGAACUGCCUGUCUUCUGCUUGAAGAACAACAACAUCCGACAGCUAAAAAGGUAGAGCGAGAAAAGCCCACAUGGCCAUUUUACUGUUCUGUCGCAUUCAAUUCUAGCUUUUCUAAAAUUUAUUUGGUUCUUUGCACCAUUUUGGGCCAGGUUUAGGCAAUAAAUUCAGCCUCCUUUCUCUUAUGACUGGCGCUCGGGUGUUGGCAGCCAUGACGCCGUCGCCAUUAUCCAGCGCCCUCUGGCUUGGCUGGCUUUCGUUCAACAAGUGCACCCCUUCCCCACCUAAAAUCACUUUGAACGCAAUUUCUUUCUUAUAAAAAGAAAUGCAGCCCUUUCAGAAUUUCUACUUGGUCCGGACUCUAGACGACGUCGGUUUGGAACCGCCUGGUGAGUACCUACUAAUAAGCAACGUCUGAGGUUUGAGUCUGUUCGCACCGAACGUGAACAUAACCUUCUAGCCACCACAUGCAUUUUGAAGGAUUUUCUUGAAUAGUCUUUAAUUAUAUCUUGGACUUGCUCUGGAAACGUAAGAAAAGUUACGAACCAAGCCACGCUUUUGCUCUUUAGGUAACCACGUUUGGUUCCAUGUUCAGAGUGUCGAUUGAUUUCGGCCUAACUUCCACAGCCUAACUUGUGUUCUUGUCAUGCAGAGACAUUUCAUCUCUGUCUGCUUUCCCAUCUUUUAUCUUUGUUCAACUGAACUGUUGAACCUAUUGUUGCAUGUUCUUCACUUUUUUCAGAUCCUGAACCAUGCCACUCUUCAAGGUGCAAGAUAGCAAGCGCUCCAGUAAGGUGACAGUUUGCGCCUCUUCUCUGGCUCAACUGCUCUCCACCUGUCAGCGAAAGUUGUCUUUGUCUCAAGACACUACGUAUCAAGUGUUUGAUGACUCUGAUGGUUCUCUCCUUGAUGACGAUGAAUGUUUGUUGGCUCUCUCUGAGUUUUUCGCAUCGAAAGGUGAACACCUUUCUGUUAUCGUUCUUUCAAUUGGUGAGACCUGGAAACCUGUUGCAAGCACACCUCCAGUGAUUCAGAACUCUCUUGAAAGAGUUGACUUGAGAGAGAAUGUCUUGGAGUCUGAAGCUGAUGUUUCAGGUCCUGCUACACCUUGCACACCCUUGAGAUCAAGGUCUUCUGGUUCUGUGUCUAUUGGUUUACCAGUACUGCCGUAUCAGGAUUACUCAGCCCAACUUCGAGCAGCCCUGGCAUCUGCUCCAACAGUACGUCACAUGGCAUUAACAAGAGCUAGAAGAGCAGUUGUUAAGUCUGUCACAGAAAAAUUGAAGAACAAGACAGUUCAGUGUGGUACUCUGAGAGAAGUUUGUUCAAAGAUUAAUUCAAUGUGCUCUGAAGCCUUCCUUGUGCAAAUGAAGGAUGGUUCUGUGUCAUCUUGCUUGGCUUCCUUUUUACGAGCUAUGUAUAGUGCCCUUGGCUAUGCCAGGGAGACUGAAGGCAUCACUCCAAGGAAACGUCGCAAGAGAGUCUCAAGUGAAGAAGAUGUUGAUGACCCUGAAGAGGUGCCAAACUUGUGUCUGGACUCUAAUGGUUGUGCAGAUGGCAUGUGGGAGCCAGCCUUAUCUGAUGAGGAUGCAUUUCAAUUUGAAACUAUGAGAACAACUCUUCUUGGUUAUCAGAACAUUCCUAGUGCGGAAGAUGAUUGCCAUGUUAUGGCUAUGGUUAAGAAGUCCUUUGCACUGCAAAGGCGUCUUAUUAACCGAGCUGUGACAGCGGACCACUGGAGGGAGGUGUUCGCCUCGUGGCCUCUAUUACAGAGGUUCCCAUUUUUCAUGGCACAUGCCGACCUCCUUAUGGGGAAAAAUAAUGUUCAGGUCUGGAACUCAGAAUUGAGCGCACUCCACACAGUGACUGAUUAUUUUUCGUCCGUCAUUAUGGCAAAGGUGAAUCUUUCGAACAAGGAACGAGCCAUGAAAGAUUUGGUCAAUAAAGCAACUGAGGCUUCUGAUGCCUACUCAAGCAGAGUGCCCUCCUUGAUUGGGGCUGUUUCACUCCUCAUCAGGUACUUUGGAGAAAAGGAGAGCAACCUCUUUUUGGUUAUGGAGGCCCAGCUAAGUGAUGAGGAGGUGUUGAGGCAGUCCAGCCAAGUUUCUCAAUGCCCUCUGCUCAUAGUUAGAGGUUCAUCUGUUUUCGACCUCCAGUCUCAAGUGUCUGUUGCUGUUCGGGGAAACUUUCUACUCAAGGCUAAAGAUUUUUCUCAAGCUCUUUUGGUGGUGAUCCUUGCCUACUUCAGUUUUAACAUCUGUUACCCAAGAGAGGUACAACGUUCUCUAGAAUUUCUUCAAAGGUUUAUCCUCUUGGUUAAUCCUCAAAGCAGGGAAGCAGGGAAAGGAAAGAAGAAAGGAAGAGGAAAUGGGAUGGUAAAUCCCGCUGUAGCUACCCUCACUGGGUUGCUGGGUGAUUACGAGGCCAGUAGAGUGAGAAGAAUUGCAGAUUCGGGUUAGUUAGUGUGUUAGUGUGAGGGAUCCAUGUCUCAAAAGUGUUUUGUUUUGGCGAUGCCUAUUAUGUAUUUUUCUUGUUCUUUGUCGUUAAUGAACUUAU